ACCCUAGCUAGUUCAUCACCUUCUUCUUUUCCCUUCGCUCUCUCUUCUUCGCCGUGUAACCUUGAAGUUGGAAAUCAGCCGCAAGUCCCCUGCACCAGAGGAGAGAGAAACUAGAGAGAGAAAGCAAAAAUGGCGGAAAAGGCUGUCACACUCAGAACUCGCAAGUUCAUGACUAAUCGUCUUCUUUCUAGGAAGCAAUUCGUCAUCGAUGUUCUUCACCCUGGCCGCGCUAACGUUUCCAAGGCGGAGUUGAAAGAAAAAUUAGCUAGGAUGUAUGAUGUGAAUGAUCCCAACUCCAUCUUCGUCUUCAAGUUCCGUACUCACUUUGGAGGUGGUAAAUCAACUGGAUUUGGUUUGAUUUAUGAUUCUGUCGAUAGUGCGAAGAAGUACGAGCCCAAAUACAGGCUGAUCAGGAAUGGAUUGGCCACCAAGGUUGAGAAGUCUAGGAAACAAAUGAAGGAGCGAAAGAACAGAGCUAAGAAGAUUCGUGGUGUUAAGAAGACUAAAGCUGCAGAAGCUGGAAAGAAGAAAUAAGGAAAUAGUUAUAUUGAGGAUGGUGUAUACACCGAUGGUGCAGUUUUCUUUUUGGUGCAGCGUCCUUUGCAACUAUCAACAAUUUUUUCCUUAUCAACUUGUUUGGUUACUUGUCUACUCCAAUUAGUGAUGGUAGCUUUAGUGAAAGAUUUUGAGACACAUAGCAGAUUGUAUGUUCUACUCUAAAGUAUGUCGAGAGUUCUCUAAACAUUUUUGUUUCGUAAUGGUGGAAUCGUGAUUAAUUUUCUUUUACUCUA